AUGGAGGUGCAGCCGGAGCUCUCGCUGGGGCCGACGUCCCUGCGGUUUGCUGCUAUGAAAAGUCCCAGGGGCUCGUCCUCCGACUCGGAGGGCAGCGGCAGCGGCGCCGCGGGGAAGAAGAGGAAGCACUUUGCCUGGGAGGAGGCCGUGUCCCAUGCCAGCAGCCUGGACCUCCAGCUCGGCGAUCCCCUGCCCCUGGACUGGGAGCAGUGCCUCGACCUACACUCUGGGAGGAUGUACUACCUGAACAGGAAGACCAUGAAGAAGAGCUGGGUUAGGCCGAGUUCCAAGGAGGAGCAGGAGCAGGGCACCCUGAACCUGGAACUCAACAUCUCCACGACCCCCUCGUCCACCUUUGGAGGCAAGGCGAGCAGCGCCUACAAGAGCGUCACCUCCGGUGGCCACAUGGUGGCCGUGCCGUGCGUCAACUGCCACCUCCUCGUCAUGCUCUGCAAGUCCUCCCCGGCGUGCCCCAACUGCAAGUUCGUGCAGCCGUCGGUGCCGGCGAUGCCGCAGCAGACGCCUCCUCGCCGGCUGGACGCCGCCGUCAAGCCACUGGAGACCUUGAGCCUCCUGCACUAG